AUGUUGUUUCUUUGGGUGUUACUAACAAUACAUACGGUACCUUCACGCGCUAUCUUUGCAAUUUUUAAUGUUCACGCGCGGGCUGGUUUCGGAAGGUCUUAUCUAGGAAAUUCACGGAUGUGUCAUAAUUGGAGUUGUAUAAACGAAAAGUUGAAUCUCACAGACGAAUUACCACCAAAAGAUAUAUAUUCGGCAACGAUAAAUAGGCUGUUUCCAUCCGAAUGGCGGGAGGUUGCUGAAACUGCCGUAGACUCUUGUUAUGGGAAUAUAACGAAGACAUAUACUAAUACAUGCCCGGGUCAGGCGUUGAUGCACUGCGUUGUAGAUCAUUUGGUUAAGAACUGUCCCGCAAAUAAGAGUAGUAAAGACGACAGAUGUGCUCCAGUUUCCUCGCUUAUACCUAAUAACUAUAUGUUUUCCCAAAGUCGCUACAACAACCUUGAGAGUAGCAUAUCUACAGAGCGUCGGCCGUCGUAUUUCCUUCGAAAUUAUUUCAAUAUAAAAUGCUGUGACUUACCGGAUAUUCUCAUUAAGAACAAUCUCGAAGGUUGUGGUUUCAAGACGUUUAUGGCCUACCACCUUCAUGACAAGCAAACUGAUCAGCAAUUUCAAAUAAAUUUUCCUCACAAGGUUCAAAUUCCUACUACAACAAUGUUGGAAGUCGAUGCUUUACAAAAAUCUCAACAGGAUUCAGAGGAGGAAUGGGAUCCUUUAGAGUGCUGUGAUGUCAACGAUUUUAUAAAAGAUUCAUGGCGUAACGAGUGCCACCUUGAAAUGUCUUGGAAUGAAACAAAUAGAAUUGGAUUCAUCGACAUCAGCUCUCACCUUCCACCAACGACCACAGAAAAAGGAGAGCUUAAACGAAGUGACGUAAAAGUUGUUCCUUUAUCUUGCGAAAAAGAAACAUGUAUAUUCAAGAAAUUAAAUAUUAUAUUGGAUUCUGGUGAAAUAGAUUUGCUUGCUUUUUCCAAACUUUUGGAUAGUAUGACGUUAAAUUACCCAUCGUGGGAGAAAGCUAAAGCAAGGGUGACAACACAGUGCUUUACCAAAAUCCACAGAAUAUAUGACGCUGAAUGUCGAAUCAAUGAGAUGCUGUUAUGCGUUAUGGAUGUGCUCUCUGAGAAUUGUCCAAAUGUCAAUAAAGACCAUCCGUGCAAAGAUAAAGACACCAUCAACAAAGAUGUUAUCUGCCAGAUAAGUUCUGGAAAAUAUUCGCCAAAACUACGUCGUCAAUUUUGUCCUAUUCCCAACUUGGUGUCAAAUGACGUGUUGUCAGAAUGCGGUGUGACGUCACUGUCCACGAUGCAAUAUCUACCUCAUUAUGAGAGAAAAAUGUCACGAUGGGAGAGUAGAUUUGAUUGUAAGGAAUUAACGCCACCAACAACCUGCGUUUUAAAGAAAAUGGGAGUAUUAAAUCAAUACGGAUUCAUCGAUUACUUUAAAAUGAAGAACUGGUUACACAAAUCCAGCUCAUCGCCCUUCUACGAGGUGUUUUUCAGCAUGUUCCUGGUCACACCCAUGUAUCAAGAAUAUUGUAGUUCACCUAAAAAACUCCUUAAUAUUCUAGAUAUUAUGGUUACGACGUGUCCAGAAUCAAAGCGGAAACAGAAUACGAAAUGCCAAAAAUAUUUAAUGAAAUAA